GCCACCACUUCGCUUUGGCCGCCUUGUACAACUGGAAGCCGAACGCCUGCGAAGCUGGCUUUCUCACGAGAACACGCAAAACGUCUCCUUAGAUUAUCUCUUCCUCCAGUACCUGCUCAGCACGUCGCCCUCCAACCUGUAAUAUCUGAACAAGUCGAACGGCGUGACUCGGUGGGAGAGGGGGACAUGGUGCACGCCGAUGGCAGGCGUUCCCCGGAACGAAGAGGGAGGACUUCGAGCAGUAUCAGCGGCCCAGUCAGUGGUAUGGUACAAAGACCCAGACUUGAAAGCGAUGUCCGAAAUGCUUCCACACAACGACCAAAACCCGAAGUGCCCAUCAAGAUAACCAACUUAUCCGACGAAAAGCCCGUGGCCAGUGGAAAUGGCGUCUCUGUCGCUAUCGCCCUCGCAGAACCAGUCCUGUUCUUGCAAGGCUAUGAUGCCAAUGAUGCCUCCACUCACAGCACCACCAUGCUUCGUGGUAGUCUCAUCCUGCGAGUGACCAAGCAAGCCAAACUCAAGUCAAUCUCGCUCAAUUUCCGUGGCAAGUCCGAAACGGAGUGGCCGGAGGGCAUUCCGCCAAAGCGAGUCGAGUUCAGAGAUACGACCACAAUCAUGAACCACACUUGGUCGUUCUUCAAUGCUCAGAUCCCGACCGCUGAGCACAGCUAUGGGGCCGACAUUGUGCAGCUCCAGAAAGGCCCUUCAGUCGAGUCGAAAGAGCUUGGCGUAACUUCUUCCUUUGAUCUCUUUCAGCGUAGCUCAUCUCCCGCAAAAGCGCCAUCAUCUCGCGACAUGAAGAGACUGUCCCUUCAAGCCAAUCACUCUCGAAGUUUUGGCAAAGGAGACACAAUUAACGGAGGACCCACCGUGGCUCAAAAGGGUUUUAAGGUAUUUCAUCCUGGUGACUAUAUCUACAAUUUCGAACUACCUUUGGACUCGCGGUUACCGGAAUCAAUCAACGUCGACCUCGGUCAUGUCAAGUACGAGUUGGAGGCCCUAGUCGAGAGAUCCGGUGCUUUUCGUGCCAACUUGGUCGGCAUCAAAGAGUUGAGCCUGAUCAGAGCACCUGCUGAGGGCUCUCUGGAACAGGUCGAACCAAUUGCAAUAUCACGUAAUUGGGAGGAUCAGCUACAUUAUGAUAUUGUCAUCUCCGGCAAAUCGUUCCCGCUCGGCUCAAAUGUUCCAAUUGCAUUCAAGCUGACCCCUCUGGCCAAGGUGCAAUGUCAUCGGAUCAAAGUAUUUGUGACAGAAAAUAUCCAGUAUUUCACAAACAACAAGAAGGUCCACAGGCUGGAGCCAACGAGAAAGGUGCAACUAUUCGAGAAGCGUGCUGAUGGGCACAGCGUUUCCUCAUAUCCUGGAAGUUCCAUGCGUAUCUUGGCAGGUGGUGGCGUCCCAUACGACUACCGUGCAGCUGCAGCUGCUGGAGACGAGCAGGUCCCUAGGGACCAAACCAACCUUCUUGGUAACCUGGAUAACGACGCCGGAAGUAUUGGCCCGACGGAGAUGGAAUUUAGUGUACAGCUGCCGAGCUGUCACCAGAUGAAAGAUAGAUUGAGGAGUGAGCGGCUGCACUUUGACACCACUUAUGCCAACAUUCAGGUCAAUCACUGGAUCAAGAUCGUGAUGCGUCUUUCUCGUCCGGACGAAAAUGACUCCACUAAGCGACGCCAUUUCGAGAUUUCGAUUGAUUCACCUUUUAACAUCCUUUCAUGUCGUGCAACCCAGGCGAACAUCUCGCUACCUGCGUACAGUGCCGGUGGAACAGCGCCUGCCCCAGCUGAUGAGUUCGAAUGCGGAUGUCCCGGAGCCGCCUUGAGACGACGAAAUACUCCUCCAGUCUCUCAACAUCGCGUUCCAACGCUCAACACCUCAGUCGAUAAUGGCAGUGCCGGACCUGGUGUACAGCGCAGCUGGACUAAUGAUAGUGGGGGUCUUACCAUGCCCGAUCAAGCACACAUCCAGAACGAUCCCAAUGCUGCACAGCCUAGGCCGAUGCACUUGCUCCGAGCCCCGUCUUUCAAUCCACCCGCAUUCGACGAGGAUGAUCCUCCGCCACCUUUAGUUACUCCUCCUCCUCAGUAUGAUAACAUCGUCUCGGGGGAUGCGAACCACGCACUGGCUGAUUACUUUGCUCGCCUCGCCGAUGAGACUUCUGAUGAGGAUGACAGACUGGAUCGAUCCCGUGUCGACUAUCCGUUAACACCUGGUGGACGCCUCAAUAGGAGCAUGGACAUUCCGCGAACCUGGGCACCUCUUGUUGACGGACAUGCAGGCUCGUCCCAGCAGACACCUUCUGCUUUGGCGACCUCAAGCUCCAUCGCACAUUGAACAGAAUGAACUCGCAUAUUCUAGUAUGAAUGGCAUACAACAAAAACGACACAAACACGACUGAUGAUUUCGACGAGAAUUAUAUUAUAAGUGAGCGACGCAUCUGGUUCCAACAAAGGAGGCUCUCUGGAUAUGGAUCAUGAGGUAGGAGAUCAAUCUGGUUGAGGCUGAAAGUCCGUGGCGAUCAUCUCGACCCAUAGCAUGCAGGAAUUUCGCUCUCAAUAGUACUGCCAUUCAGUGACGCUCCGCCCCUAUGUAAGACUGCUCUUGAGUUCAUCACGAAUCUUUCUCAAGUC